AUGGUUCAAAGACAACCACCGAGACAAGAACAGAACAUAUAUUCUCCUUACUAUUAUCCGAGUUUUUCGCGUUAUAACUAUCCUUCAAAAAUUGGUGGUGAUGAGGAAGUUUAUACGGAGCCUAAAUUUACUUUUCCGCGUUGGGAUGAAGAAGCCGCUGAUUGUGCAACCCCGGUAACUCCACGUCUCCGUAGAGCCUCUCUAUCCGAUCUCUCCGAAGACUUGGAUUAUUUUAAUAGAGAAACAAAAACUCCUUUACAAACAUCGACAACCAAUAAUCCCGAGGUUGAACAAGAAAUUGAACAAGAAGAUGAAGGAGAAACAAAUUGUGAAAAAAUUCAAGUAGAUAUCGAGUUGGCGCGUCGUGAUCAAAAGACCGACUAUGACCAAUUUCGCAAGGUUUACGCAAAUUUAAACGAUGACAUUCGCGCUCUACAACGUGAAAUCGAAGAAAUUGAAGCUGCUUGUAUGGCUAGAGGUUGGGAUUUAUCAAAAGAUACAGAUGAAAUUGUUCUAGAAUCGGAAUCGACUCCAUUAUCUGAUCAAUUAUCAGUAGCACAAGUGGCAAUGGUUCAACCAAAGGCCGAUGCUUAG